UGGGCAAGCUUGAAUUUAUAGCCUCGGGAGAUCAGUCAUCUGUAAUAUGAACGCAUUCAUGACUCUAACACCAAACCAGAUAUCCUGUAAGAUGCAUCGUUUUUAUUGACUCGAAGCUUAAUCAAAGUUCGUGUAAACUGCGUUGGGUGCUUCAGAAACUGAUUGAAGUGGAGAACAUUGCUCAUCCAGAGUAACCAAGUAACCUCUAGACUGAUUCUCUGGAUAAUUCUGUUCCUGCCUGGCUGCUCAGUUUAGGUGAACAGUCACAGUUUGACAGGUGCUGCAGUUUACUGCCUUUCCUGGGGGGAAAAAUCUGAAUAAAUUCAGUCAUGGAAGAGUCCAGUGAGACUUAUGAUGUCCAUGAGACGAACCGUCCCAUUUCGUGGGAAGACCACCAGUGUCAGAUCGUGGAGGAGAGAACUGAAUGCCUCCAAAGGAAGAUCAAGUACUACUUCAUGAAUCCGUGUGAGAAAUACCACGCGCGGGGACGGAAACCUUGGAAACUCAUGCUGCAGAUUGUCAAAAUUGCUAUAAUUACCAUGCAGCUGGUCUUAUUCGGCCUGAGCAAUCAGAUGGUCGUUACUUUCAAGGAAGAAAAUCUGCUGACCUUCAAGCACCUUUUCCUCAAAGAUUAUGUUGACGGAGGUAUGGAAGCCUACGCCGUCUACAGACAAGCUGAUGUUUAUGAUCACAUCGACUACAUUAUUACUCAGUACGGACUUCUGCACAACAACACUGUUGGGAAUCAUGAAUAUGAGAAAAAUGGCUCUUCAGACAACCCGCUGCUUCUCUGUCAGGACUUCUACAGAAAUGGCAGCAUCUACCCUGGAAGUGAAACCUUUGAAAUCGAUGCUCACGUGGAUACGGAAUGCCUUAAAAUCUACCCAGUCGUUCCUGUGUCGCUACGUGACACGCCUCAAAACUUUGAACUGCAUUUUAAAAGGCUGCUCCUUGUGAAGAUCACAUUCACUGUCAAGGCCAUUAAUCUGCAAACUGUGAGAUAUCGAGAGCUGCCUGACUGCUACGUCUUCACUGUUAUUAUUACUUUUAACAAUCAAGCUCACAGUGGCAGAAUGAAAGUCGACCUGGAAAUGGAUGUGGAAAUCAACGAAUGCAAAGACUGGAAAGUCAUUGGAGCCUCUGCAAGAAAGAUAUACCUGACUGUGAUGUUUGACUGCCUCAUCGUCAUAACCUGCAUCACCUCCCUUGUGCUCUGCACACGCUCAGUGAUCAAAGGGAUUCUGCUGAUGUUUGAGUACAGCCGUCAUUGCAGAACACACUCUGGUAGAGACGUGCCGUGGUCGGACAAGCUGGAGUUUGUGAACGGCUGGUACAUCCUGAUCAUCGUCAGCGACACGCUGACUAUCAUAGGCUCCAUCCUCAAGAUAGAGAUCGAGUCUAAGGUCUUUACAAGCUACGAUGUGUGCAGCAUCUUCCUUGGCACCGGCACCAUGUUUGUUUGGAUCGGAGUCAUCCGUUACAUGGGUUAUUUCAAGAAGUAUAAUAUUCUCAUCGUGACGCUCCGAGCAGCUUUUCCAAAUGUUAUCCGUUUCAUCUGUUGUGCUGGAAUAAUAUACAUAAGCUACUGUUUUUGUGGCUGGAUCGUGAUUGGCCCGUAUCACGAAAAGUUCCGGACCUUAAACACCGUGUCAGAGUGUUUGUUCUCAUUGAUCAACGGAGACGACAUGUUCCCCACAUUCAAAGAGAUGACGCAGAAGAGCAGCCUGGUGUGGAUUUUCAGCAGAGUCUACCUCUAUACCUUUGUGUUGCUCUUCAUCUACAUGAUCCUCAGUCUUUUCAUCACAAUCAUCACAGACACAUACGACACAGUCAAGGUACAGGCAGCAAUAAGCGCACCGUUUGCAGUAUUAAUAAUUAAUACCCUGUUAGCAUCUUUAAACCAUAACAUUCCGACACUAAAGUCUGCCCCCUUAUUUUGGUUUCCUUUGUUUAGCAGCAGCAGGAGAACGGAGUCCCAAUAUCAGAGCUGCAGAAAUUUCUCUCUGUGUGUAAAGAUCUGCCAAAUUCUGGAGUUUAUAGACUUGAAACGAACAAGAGUUGCAUCAUUAGCUGCUGCAUCAACAGGUAAGAUCGCAUAUCUACAUCUGUUCAUUUAAAAUGAAUUUUCAUAUUCAGUUUCAUUCAGAAAUAUCCAACCCCCACAGAUUUUAUAAAUAUAUAUAUAUGUGAAAUUCCAGAUAUUUCUAGACUCAAACCUCUAGUCAUCUUAUACAAUUUUGUACAAGUUAAAAAAGGGCCGAUAUUGGACUGAUGGAAAACUUUAAAUAUAAAACAUGGAAAAACCAGAAACUAAAAGAAAAUAACAAAAAAUAAAAUGAAGAGCUAAAGUACAGAGUGAAGAAGGAAACAGCCAAAGAACAGAUGGAAGGAACAAAAAUGUAACAAAUAGUGGUGGGAAGAAGUCUUUGCUUGAACAAAAAAGGAUGGAUGGCUGGUCCAUUUAGAAAAAAGGAUAAAGUGUAUAAAAUCUGAACUUUUUUACAUAUACAUCCAGAAUCUGCAAACCCUUUCAAUACUCAAAGUCUGUACUUUUCCAGACUCUGUACAAACAUUGUUUUUCUUCAACCACACAACUGUUUUUAAGGUAAAACUGAAACAUAAUUACGUUUUUGAGAAAUCUAGAAUGAUCCUUUAUUUGAUUCAGCUCUGAUUGAUUUGUAAAGGUGAGCUGCAAUCAUAAUCAAGACAACAAAGCUUCCACAACAGAUUAUUUCCUCACACCAAAUGGGCUGUGGGAAUAAGAAGAUGCAUUUUUUUUUAGUCGACAUUCCAUGAGUCUGUGGAGCUGAAAACCUGUUUGACUAAAUAAAAGCUCAACAUUUUUAUCAAACAUUAGCCGUUUAGCGAAGAGAGCCAUAAAAAUCGACAGCAUGAUCUGAUAAAGGCUGCUAUAAAAUGUUCAGAUUCCAGGGAAAAUUUGGACAAGACUGAAAAGAUUUGGAAAAAAAUAAAUAAAUAAUCACUAUGAAGUGAUGAAACCAAAUCAGAACUAAAUGAAAUAUUGGGCUGCUGCAUAUCUAAAUCACAGCAAGACAGGCGUUUGACCAGAAGAACAGCAACCCAAUGGAUGAGCAGAGAGGUGGGUAAGUAUUGAUACAGGGCUAGUUUUCCACACCACAACAAAGGGCAGAUUAACUUCCUGGAUUUACACAAAUCAUGACAUGGAUGUUUUGCCAUUUUCUGUUAGCACAAAAAAAACAACUCCUAAAAUAUGUUCCAAAUGCUAUUAUUAAGCAAGGCUUCAUCAUCAUCUUUCCUCAUCACAACCAUGUCUUAAGGAAUCGGAGUUGAAUGUAGAUUUAUAUAUUCAUUGUAAGAUUGAUAUCAUUUUUGACAAAUAUAAAUAAGAGUCAACUUCCAGAUAAAAGCACUUCUUUAAAUCACUCAUCAGAAACAACAUUAAGAUCGGUUUUGUUUUUGUUUUUUCAUUCCAGAUGCAACACUCACCAAGAGAGUCUGACUUCAGAGGCAUAGCAGUUUCUGAGUAUUUUAUACUUUAGGGAUUCCUGGAAUCAAAUUAAAUAAACUUCUAAAAAACCUGCUACAAGAACAAACUGGAGAAAGAUGAACUCAAAAUGAUACACAAACCUGAAAACAUCUUGUAAAUAGAAAACAUAAUGAUAUUGUAGAUAUAAAAAAUGUAAUGCUUGUACAGUAAUUAUGUAACUUUGGAGAAAUUCCUUUGUUGUACACAAAAAUGAAUCAGUGAUGCUGAAAUGUAAAUUGAAUAAGAUUUUAUUUCUCCGUUGUGAGGAGAAGGAAUCAGUAUAAAAUCCAUUUUCCCCCAUCAUUACACUGGUUAACCUGUAAGUUUGUUACAAUACAUAAAAGUCUUUCAUUUUGUAGUAAUAUGACAACUCAUACAAUCUUUGACAGUCAGUGAAACUGAAAAUCAUAAAGUGAUGUGCUGUAAAUGGCUCCACUGCCCAGCAGCGUCACAGCAUUUUGGCCUCCAUUUUCCUCCAGUUUGAGCCACUGGACCGAUCCCAGGGCAGCCGUCUCAAAUCAAACUGGAAAAUGUGUGAGGUGGGCCAUGCUCCUUUCAAGUAUGCUGUCAAAAACUGAAGGCUCACAAAAUAUUCUGUCUGUAAAUAAAAAAUAGAUUAUAUUUUGACUUAGUCUGUGGCGUCUCAAUGAAUUGUUUUGGUGUAAUCCUCCAGAGUGAGCGGGAAUCACCAGGAAGUCCAGCUGAUUAAAGCCAGUUUGACUCAAAAUGAAGGCCACCUAAAAAAAGAAAAUACUUCAAAAAAAUA